AUGAAGCCACAAAAGAACCCCAGUAUGACGAGUGCUGCAGCUAAACCUAAUCUAAACUUCUCAAUCGAAAAUAUUCUCAAGGAAGAAAAACCUGCGAAGGUUUUACUUUCUUCCGAACGUGUUCCCAGCAAGGAAACUGAAGGAGUUCAAGAAGGAACACCUUUGCCUGUAGAGAGAACGGUAACCAGCGAUCUUCCGUGGUUGGCGUACACGCGGUAUUCUCCCCCAAAAAUUCCAAGGUCAAAAAAUCGUAAGACUGUCAACAGACGAAAGGUAAGUGGUAGCCCAAGAGUUCCAUUUUCAACAGAACAGCUCCUGCAGUUGGAGAAAAGCUACGAGGACACCCACUAUGUUACCGCAGCUAAAGUAUCACAGCUUUCUGCAAUGCUGAAGCUUCCAGGAAACCGCAUUAAGAUUUGGUUUCAGAACCGCCGCGCAAGGGAAAAAAAGAAGUCCAAGAAGAUGACCUGUGAUGAUGGUGGCCAUCAAACGCUAAGUGACAUAUGUGUUGAGACAAAAGUCCGUGAAGAGCCUCACGAGGAAAUCAACCAAAACAUCUGCCCAUCGCGUUUUACUUGUCCAAGUUAUGAGAGAAUACAUCCCAGUUUCUCACCGAGGCGUGCACACGAGUUACAAUCUAAACCUAAUCUAAACUUCUCAAUCGAAAAUAUUCUCAAGGAAGAAAAACCUGCGAAGGUUUUACUUUCUUCCGAACGUGUUCCCAGCAAGGAAACUGAAGGAGUUCAAGAAGGAACACCUUUGCCUGUAGAGAGAACGGUAACCAGCGAUCUUCCGUGGUUGGCGUACACGCGGUAUUCUCCCCCAAAAAUUCCAAGGUCAAAAAAUCGUAAGACUGUCAACAGACGAAAGGUAAGUGGUAGCCCAAGAGUUCCAUUUUCAACAGAACAGCUCCUGCAGUUGGAGAAAAGCUACGAGGACACCCACUAUGUUACCGCAGCUAAAGUAUCACAGCUUUCUGCAAUGCUGAAGCUUCCAGGAAACCGCAUUAAGAUUUGGUUUCAGAACCGCCGCGCAAGGGAAAAAAAGAAGUCCAAGAAGAUGACCUGUGAUGAUGGUGGCCAUCAAACGCUAAGUGACAUAUGUGUUGAGACAAAAGUCCGUGAAGAGCCUCACGAGGAAAUCAACCAAAACAUCUGCCCAUCGCGUUUUACUUGUCCAAGUUAUGAGAGAAUACAUCCCAGUUUCUCACCGAGGCGUGCACACGAGUUACAAUGUAGCACUUGUUUAAACAUAAAUGGAUGGCAGAGUAUAUCAAACUUGCCACAAACCCAUCUAUCAAGUUGCUUUGACUGUGGUCUGUACAAAGGAUUUAGGUAUCUCGUGUAAUUUAUUUUGUGUUAUCUCGCCGAUAAUCCAUCUGUACGUGUACGAUCGUUAGAAAACAUAAUACUGGACGCAACUGACAGUUACUAAAGUAUGAUAGUAUGGUUUAAUUAAUUUCUGUCUCCACUUCUGUCUAUGUCCAGUUUCAAAACGGACACUUCAUUCUUAUAUAACCAUAAUAGAGUCUUCCGCGUUCAGGAAGACAUAACCGUUAACAGUAUCGUAUUGAACGUAUCAGUUAAGAAACAAAACAGCCGAAAAGUGAAAUACGCUGGUUUAUGAUUUUUAAAAAAGGGCCAUACAGAGCAUAAAUAGCACAAAACCGUUGCAAGUUUUCCAUUUGUCACGCGUGCGCAGUGACGAGGCCACAUCAUGGUCAGGAAGGAAUAUUUCUUGCAGCUUCGUUUUCCACCGUGCUGAACUCCCCUCGCGAAGCCCGGCAUUUAAUUAUUCGACCUCAAAGAUCGUGCCUUCAAAGGAAAAAAAAACAAAACAAAACAAAACAAAAAACAAGAACAACAGUCCAAUCCUACGCAGCUGCUCCGACCUCCAGCAGUUAAUUCUGUCUGCAAACUUAAUCACUUUAUUCCUAAACUUAAAUGCAAAGUUAAUGAAAAGCUUAAGUCUGUUCUUCUGCGGUUGCAGCGACCCUGAUUUAGUUUGCAUUUUGGGACGUGGCUAUUCGUGUGUUCAAUACCGCUGUCGACUCUAUUCAUACGAGUAUAGAUGCAAAGAGUGACAGCUUGUCUGUUAACCACUGAGAAGAUUAAAUUAUUACACGCGCAGUUAUUACCAACCAGAUAAUGAACGGUAAACAAAUAUCGCCAACGCGAAAUUUUUAGAAUACAUUACGAGAUCACUGACAAUGUUAUAAGCUAAUACGAGUCUAGAAGAGAGUAUUGAAGCACCGGAAAUGUUUGAUUGCUCAUUUUAUUGGAAUAAGUAUGUUGUGUGUGUAUGUAGUAUGUUUGCGAUGAUCAUCGGUUUAUCCUUCUCAGAUAACUUCAAGAUUCAUUGUUGUGCAAAUGCCGCUUCUGUAAGAAAUGUUUCAGAACCGAGACCCAAACAGUCUCAGCAGAAGAGGCUCUUCUUUAAACACCGUGAGCGAUGUCGAAAGACCUCUCAUCUUUAAUAGCGUCCUGUGCAUUCAGUUGCAUAUAGUAUGUAUUCCAAUACACACCCAUACAAUGGUGCUCUCACGCAUCAAAAAAGUGGAUUUAUCCAAGCUAUCUAAGAAAGCCAGACAUAUGGCGCUCUCUUAAUCCGCUCUCAAUCACUUGAAUAAGAGACAACCUUAAGGAGGUAUAUUUCAUAAAAGAUGACUAUAGUAUUCAAAUUAUUGGUUCCAGAUUCAAUGUUUACUUUGAGGGCGUGGAAUUUACGCGACCGAAAUAGUUUUACUUACUCAAUCUUUGUACAAGGCUUAUACUGACUACACAGGAGCCGCACUGCUGAAUAUACCAUGCACUGCACUGGAUUAACCUCGGGAAACAUGGCUGCAUUCACCCACGUACCUGCAGCUAUACAUGUGCACUGAAAAUUUUCUUUAUGUGCAGACUCAUAGUUUGAAAGAUGAAUUGUUAUUCUUUAGCAGAAAACCAUAAAGUGUUAUUCACGAAACCUUUACAAUUGUUUUAGUAAUAAAUUCUAUAGGCUACUAAUAAUCGUCUGUGAGUAUCAAUAAAUCUCUUUCCAUGACAGCUCCGCAAAUUAAAAAAAAAAUGCUGUUUGCUCGAUGUUUGCACUUCUGGUCAUGCGUGAAGCUGGUUAAGGAACAUUCCUUUUGCAGCAUGUUUUAACCAUCAGUCUUCAGAUAGGCCUUAAAUUCUAGUCUGCUAAUUCCAUUAUAUUUACAGGAUCAUUGUCGGUAUGCAGUCUAUUAUUUAUUUGUUGUCACUUUUCUAUACUUCUAUUUGACUCUGGAAAGUCACAGUUGAACGUUUCAAAUAACGUUCUUCGAUGCUCACUGUUUUUAUCAAGUAAAGCUUUACUCUUUACUCGAACGUUUUAUUACGUAUCUUGUGUUGCACACCACAUGCAGAUGGGUUUUAUUCACUUUACAAGCCCUUACUUCUCAAGGUUUCAAACUUCUUUUAUAAUAACACAAGAAUCAACAAAGGAGUAUUGUUCCCAUCUAAAUAAAGAAAGCCUAGCUGAAAGACGUCUGUAACAGUAUUGAACUUUAAGGGACCCUCUCAGAGACCUUCUCAAUGAAUCCUUUGUUCAUUAUCUUAUAUAUCUGAAUGGAUUCUGGGUUGUCAGUGAAUCUUAUCUGCCGUCUUGUUAUCUCAUAUCAAACUAUCUUUUCUUAAUUUUAUUUAAUUCAUCUUAUGUGAAUGAAUUUUAUCUUAUCUUGUAUCGUGCCUUAUAUUAACUCAAUAAUAAAAGAGAACAGGUACAUGAAGUAUCUGAAGUAAAGACAAUAGCUGGAAAAUGUUACUGUGUAUUAGGGACUUUUAAGCACAGACACGCAUGCUAAACCUAUCAUGCUUCGUGUUCAAAUACUGCUGACACUCGGUCAUAAAGGUUCCUCUGCACAUGAGCCUUGGUGGAUUUGGGACUGCCUCUCUUCUUUUCACACUCUUGUGUCCGCUGGAGGAGGACUGCAGAGGCCUAACUUCAGGCUCUAAACCUUAACUGAGAGAAAGCCUCGCGGCUUGCAAAUGACCGAUAGGAAUGGAGAGCUUGUUGACGCCCUUAGCGCCACUUGGCGUCUAAACGACUGAUGAUGAUACGAAUACUUCCGUAACCAGGAAUAACGUCAGUUUCCCUGGAUUCAGUCGAUGGUAGUCCAUUAUAGGUUAUCACCAACAUUUUUCUCAGGUUUUCUCCAACAACUCACCAUGACCCAUUUAUAAACCAAGCAGAAGGGAGGCACUAUAAGAGUGUCUUGCCCAAGAAUAUAUCACAACAUUCCCGGCCAGGGUUCGAACACAGAGCCCUCGAUUCAGAGACGAACCCACUGACCACUUCACCUUCUAAGAUAUAUCGGAGGUUGUGACAGGACAAAGUUUCUGGCAUUAUCUUAAAUCAGAAUAUCCAAGUUCGUCCAUCCUCUCUCAAAAUAGCUGAGUAUCCAUAACGUUCGAGUUCCACUUUCUUUACGUUUGUCAUAAUCAGUGUUAAGAAGACACGUGAAAGUGAUUUAAUUGAACGUAAAUGGCUGCCCUGACAACUAUAAAUUAUUAUUCUCUGGUAUGUAUCUUAAUUAAUAAAACGAAAACCAAAAAGGUUUAAAUUAUAUCUACGACAAUGUAAUAACGU